AUGUUUUACAAUCAUCUAAUCAUUUGUGAAAAACGAGAAAUAUCAUCUAAUAUUAUAUGACUAAAAAGUUAGGUGGCGAGUGGCAUUGCAGGAGUAGUACAGUACAGUACAAUGUGUGUGGCUAUAAGCUACUGUGAUCAAUAGUGAAGACAGACUCAUCAGAAAUGGAAGUGAAACGGUAUUUGUUGGAAUGUAUUCCAUUUGCAGCAAUGGUGAUUGUAGAGUGUCUUGAUGUUGGAUUGACCACAUUGAGUAAAGAAGCCAUGUCCACAAAAGGAAUGAACCACUUCAUCUUUGUUCUCUAUUCCAAUGCUCUUGCCACUUUCAUUCUCCUCCCUUCCUAUUUCCUCAUCAACAGGACAACAAGACCACCCCUUUCUUUCUCACUUCUUGCCAAAUUUUUCUUCCUCGGCCUUGUCGGCAUAACUAUCAUGCAGAAUUGUGUAUUCACUGGCAUAAGCUACAGCUCUCCCACCCUUGGAUCUGCUAUGAGCAACUUGACUCCGGCGAUCACUUUUGUUCUAGCAGUCAUCUUCAGGAUGGAGAAGUUGGAUGCUGGAAGCUCAAUAAGCCAGAUCAAAAUUGUGGGGACUGUGGUGUCUAUCUCAGGAGCUUUAAUAGUGACCUUUUACAAGGGUGCUCCCAUUAGUAGCAUUCAAACUCAACCCUCUACAUCGCAACCAUUCUGGUCUCUAUUAGCAGAAACCAGUAACUGGGUCAUUGGGGGUCUCUUCCUAGCCACUGCCUCUUUAUCUCUUGCAAUAUGGAAUAUUGCUCAGGCAGAAAUUCUUAGAGGGUAUCCAUCUCAAUUGACCAUAGUAGCAUUCUACUGCUUAUUUGGAACCAUCCAAUGUGCACUACUUUCCCUCAUUGUAGUCAAAGAUCCAAAUGCCUGGAAUCUAAGUCUUGACAUUGAGUUAAUCGCUAUAAUCUAUUCAGCUAUUUUCGGAAGUGCAGUGACAUUUUCUGUAUUGACUUGGUGCAUAGAUAGGAAAGGACCUGUAUUUGUUACCAUGUUCAAGCCUGUUGGGAUUGCCAUUGCUGCCUUUAUGAGUGUUGCCUUCCUUGGUGAAACACUUCAUGUUGGAAGUGUGAUCGGAGCACUAGUAAUCGCCAUCGGAUUUUACACAGUAAUGUGGGCACAAUCUAAAGAGAAAAAUGUGAAAGGCCUUGAAGUUGAUAGAUUGCCAUCAUCCUCGUCUGCCCCACUACUAGAGUCUACGUGAAAAUGAUUGUUUGUUGUCUACUAAUUUCAUUUGUGUCAAAUAUUCAACUCAACAAGCAUCAGCUUUUUCAGGAGUAUAGCUUGUUUUGUAUUGCUUGUCUAAAAGGUAUCGCAUCUGUGAGAGUAAUGAAAAUUCUUCCACGUUGCUCAGUG